AAUGGAGCCAAGAGCUGGACAGGUGAUUGGCAAAGGGGAUAUGACAGGAUCAUGGGGCAGAAGGCCCAGGGAGAAGGAAAAGGGAUGUUGCCUGGCCUGCUGCGUUCCCUCUUCCUAGAGAUGCUGCCUGGCCUGCUGCGUUCACAGCAACGCUGAUGCCUGUUGAUUGAAUUUCCAACAUCUGCAGAAUUCCUCGUGUUUGGGGUUUCAUGUAAUAGUUUAAUGUCUGUUGUUAUUUUACCCACUCCUGUCCUCGGUGGUGUUAAUCUACGUGUGCUGGCAAGUACAUGUUUUUUCUUUCCGAAAGUUUGUCCUUUAACGUCUUAUUUUUCUUUCCUGUGUCAUCUCUCCGUAUAUAGAGACUCUGGACAAGCACACAACCAGUACAGCAAGGAAACACUGAGUGUAACCAUGCUGCCUGUGUUUCUGCUUGUAGCCUCGCUGGUCAUCGAGACUGGCUUGAGUGAAAGACGUUGCUUGGGAUAUGAUGUCCUGUGUACCACUGCGGAUUACCAGUUUCGCCGUUACAACGAAACGGUCUGGCUUGGAACACAUGUAAGCAACGACAUGGAAGCUCCAAACGACCUGCUGAGGCUGUACCGCUAUAUGUGGAUGGAAGAAAGAAAAGAGAAGCUGGCCAAACUUGUUUGGAAGGGAAAAGGUAGGAGUGACAAUGGAGCAGCAAUGGCUGGAGUUUCUGGGAGCAAUUCGAGAACUGAGUGAUAGAUACAUCCCAAAGAAGUGGAAGCACUGGAAAGGCAGUAGGACACAACCGUGGCUGAAAUGAGAAGCCAAAGCCAACAUAGAAGCCAAAGAGAGGGCAAACAAAAGAGCAAAUACUAUUUGGAAGCUUUUGGAAAAAAACAGAAGACGACUGAAAUAAAAGUCAGAUGAGCUCAGAGCAUGGAAUUAUGAUAUUGUAGUCAUUAAUGAGUCUUGGUAGCACCCAACAGUCUGAGGCAUUUAGAGGAACAAAAUAUCCAGGGCCUCAAUAUCUCUUGAAAACCAAGGUACCCUGCGCCAGUUACCUUUCAACUUUUAUUUUGGCAGGCUCAUACAAAAUAGACACCCUCAAAAUUUCACUUCUGAAGAACUCCCAAAUACCAAGUACUCCUUUGCCAAAAAGCAGCCUGUCCCAAACCACACUUGUCAGAUCCUUUGAUACCAUCAAAAUUCACCUUUCUCCAAUUUAGAAUUUCAACCUGUGGUCCAGACCUCUCUUUUUCCAUAUUUGCUUUGAAUCUCAUGGCAUUAUGAUUACUAAUUUCUGUCACCAGCACUGAAUCAUUUACUUACAGCUUAUUGCACACUUCUACGUCGGGUAUUCUACGUACUGAUUAAGGGCACAUUUGACAAACUCUACCCCAUCUAGUCCUUUUACAGUAUGGGAGUCCCAGUCAAAAUAUGGAAAGUUAAAAUAACUUACUGAAUCAACCUUUGUUUCUUGGGAUGGUCUGCGAUCUCUCUACAAAUUUGUUCCUCUCAAUCCCUCAGACUGUUGGGUGCAACCAAAUCCCAAUAAUGGCUACAACAUCAUAAUUCCAUGCCCUGAGCUCAUCUGGCUUUCCUAUGAUGCUUCUUGCAUUGUGAUAUCCUCAGCUCAGCACAUUAAUCGCACCAUGCUCAAACAGUUCAUCACUCACUCUAUCUGAGGUCUGAACAACAUCUGACAGAUGUCAAGAAAACAACCUCUCCCUGAUUGUCACAAAAACAAAGCAGGUGAUUGUGGACGACAGGAGGAAUGGAGACAGGCUAACCCCUAUUGACAUCAAUGGAUCUGGGGUUGAGAGUGUGAACAGCUUUAAGUUCCUUGGCAUAAACAUCACCGAGGAUCUCACAUGGUUGUGUUUUGAUAAGAGCACAGCAGCACCUCCUUCACAUCAUACGGUUGAAGAAGUCUGGGAUGGGCCCCAAAUCCUAAGAACCUUCUGAAGGGAUACAGCUGAGAGCAUCCUGUCUGGCUGCAUCACUGCGUGGAAUGGGAACUGUACUUCCCUUCAUCGUAGGACCCUGCAGAGAGUGGUGCGGAUAGCCCAGCGAAUCUGUAGGUGUGAACUUUCCACUAUUCAGGACAUUUACUUGGACAGGUGUGUAAAAAGGAUAUUGGGGACCCAAUUCACCACCACUACAAACUGUUCCUCCUGCUAUCAUCCAGGAAACGCUACCACAGCAAAAGGACCAACAGGCUCUGGGACAUCAUCUUCUACCAGGCCAUCAGUCUGAUUAAUUCAUGGUUAUACAAUUGAUUUCUAUGUCUUAUGUACAAACUAUUUAUUAUAAAUGACUCUAAGUUACACAUUACACAUUUAGACGGAGACGUAAAGAUUUCUACUCCUCAUGUAUAUGAAGGAUGUAUGUAAUAAAGUCAAUUGAAUUCACCCUCUCCACUAUCUGUUCUGUCAUUCUGGCUCCCAUUCCCCCCUACAACUAUUUUAACCACAUCACCCCCUCCCCACACUAGCACUAGCAAGCCUUACCACUAGGGUAUUAGUCCCCUCUCGUUCUGUUCCCAUAAGGAACAAAUCCCCUGUCAUCCCUUUGAAUUUUUUUCUGCUAGGUAAUCUCCCCAACAGCUUCGAAAGUGGUCCACCUGUUGUUGUGUGGGAUAGCAACAAGAGUACUCUGCGAUGGCUAUUUAACCUCAUUCCCCUUCCUGACUCUCACCCAGUUUCCUAUGUCCUGCACCUUGGGUGCAACUCACCUCUCUUCAUGUCAUAUCAAUCACCCCCUCCAACCUCUGGAUGAUCUGGAAUUCAUCCAUUUCAAGUUCCAACUCCUUAAAGUGCAGGGUUACAAGCUGCAGCUGGAUGCACAUCCUGUAGGUGAGGGCAUCAGGGACACUGGAGGUCUCCCCACCUUCCCACCAAUGUCCCCUCUAGUUUGUAAUGACCAGUGUGCACAUAAAACUUGUAUUGUGUAUUUUCUUUUACCCAGUGACAACAUGUGCCCAGUGAAUUUUAUAUAGAGAGAAGUAUUCAUUUUAACAGCUAGCAAAUCACUGUCGAUAGGAACUUUGAUCUCCUCUGGGUUUGAUCAAGUUCAUCUGCACUCUCACACAACCUAUGUAGCAGGCCUGUAACGGGUAAUGAAGUAUUUUCUCACCAGAGCUUUUGCACAUUGUCCAUCUGUGGUUUGCUUGCUAAAUUACACUUUAAAAAGUCAGAUUUCCAAAUAUCACUCCACUUCGUCCCACUUGCGAAUUCUCCAGCAACUUUUGUAUCACCACAGUACACACAGGUAACACCAGUUUCUGUAUUGGACAUAAAUAUUUUCCCUGAACCCUCCUGAGGAAUUGAGGAUAUAUUAAAAAACCAUUUCGAACCUAUGUAACCUCUGGCUAAAAGAAUAAUAGGGACUGAAUAGGAAUGUUUGAACUGAAGUAAACUCUGUCGUCAGCGGUUAGUUAAGACAUGUUCAUUACCAGUUCUCUGCGGCUUGCAGAGAGACACACUGAGAGCUGAUAAAAUUAUACAUUGUACCUUCGUUAGUUGAUAACAUUAUACAUUGUACCCUCGUUUGAGUAAAGGGAGGAGGCCUCACUGAUAAGGACAGGAACGAAUAUCUGUCUGUAAUUAAGUCAGGGCCUUGCAAAGGGAACAACGGAUAAAGACUGGAUAGUACAUCCCUCUGUAACCUUGAUUUAAUGAACUCUCUUAUCUAAUUAAUUAAGUUUUGCAAUAACAGACAUGGUGGCUGUACCAGUUCAAAUAACAUCUACCAAUAGUAAUGUAUGGGGCUUACUAUGUAUAAAUAUACGGCUGUAACCUGACUAACUCAUUCCACUUGUCAGUUGGUGGCAGUGGUUACGUGCCUUCCCUUUGACAACUGGGUCUCAAACUCCUGCAGCAGAAUACGCAAUAAAGUGUGGUGAUGAUAAGAAGCUGGUCUCCCGAGUUU